UUAACAAUCUCGAGCAGCUGAUGAAAACAGAGAAGAAUCAUAAAAACAGAGAGAAAUGUUAUUGUGAAUCUCUCUAUCUCGUACAAGCAAUCCCUCGUUGUCUGUCUCUGCACGAGAUUGCUUGUAAACACAAAGCUAUGGCGGUUUCUAAUGCCUUUGUUGUUGUUAGCCCGAUGCUGAAGACAUCGUCGUCGUCGUCAUCGAAUCACCAUAAUCCGUCUUCUUCUUCUCCGGACCUGAUUAGGAUUCAUACUCUUUCGAUGAACAAUAGGACAAGAAGAGGUCUGAUCCAGAGAGCGCGUUGCGAGCUAUCUCCGUCCAGCGACUCAUCGGCUCUGAACCAGCUUAAGAAUUCUCCUACAAAUGACAGAUACACAAGGGAGAGAAGCAGCAUUGUGGUGAUUGGGCUUAGCUAUCACACAGCUACUCUAGAGAUGCGUGAGAAGCUUGCCAUUCCAGAAGCUGAAUGGCCACGAGCUAUUACUCAGUUGUGCGCUUUGAAUCACAUUGAAGAAGCUGCUGUUCUCAGUACCUGCUACCGUAUCGAGAUUUAUGUUUCCGCUCUUUCUCUCCACCGUGGUGUCAAAGAAGUCACUGACUGGAUGUCUAAGAGAAGUGGAAUUCCAGUUUCGGACAUCUGUCAGCACCGGUUUCUGUUGUACAACAAAGACGCCACACAACAUCUAUUUCAAGUCUCCGCUGGUCUGGACUCUCUUGUCCUAGGAGAAAAUCAGAUACAAUCACAGGUUAAACAAGUUGAGAAAGUAGUUAAACAACAAGGGUUUGGGAGGAUUAUCAGUGCGCUAUUUGAAAAGGCAAUCAAGGCUGGAAAGCGUGUCAGAGAAGAGACAAAUAUCGCGUCUGGGGCUGUUUCCGUUAGCUCUGCUGCCGUCGAACUUGCUCUCACUAAGCUUCCAGGAUCUGUAUCAUCUGCUAUGAUGUUGGUAAUUGGUGCAGGAACGAUGGGGAAGCUUGUAAUCAAGCACCUGGUUGCUAAAGGUUGCACUAAAAUUGUGGUUAUGAACCGAAGCCAAGAGAAAGUUGCAGCUAUCCGCGAGAAGAUGCCGCCUGGCGUUAAGAUUAUCUAUAGACCCUUAGAUGAGAUGCUAGCUUGUGCUUCAGAAGCCAACGUAAUCUUUACUAGCACAGCAUCUGAGACACCAUUGUUCUUGAAGGAGCACGUAGAGAUCCUCCCUCCUUGUCCUGCAGAUGUAGAUGCGAGGCUCUUUGUUGAUAUCUCUGUUCCUAGAAAUGUUGGCUCUUGUGUAGCUGAAUUAGACAGUGCACGGGUUUACAACGUGGAUGACCUCAAAGAAGUUGUUGCUGCCAAUAUGGAAGACAGGGCGAGGAAAGCAAUGGAAGCUCGGGAUAUAAUAACAGAAGAGUCAAUAAAGUUUGAAGGGUGGAGGGAUUCGAUGACGUUUCCAACAAUCAAGAAAUUAAGAAGCAAAACAGAGAAAAUCAGAGCUGCUGCUGUUGAAAGAUUCAUGUCGAAACAUGGCAAAGACAUGGACAAGAAGACGAGGGAAGCAGUAGAGAAUGUAACCCUAGAGAUAGUAAACAGGAUCCUGCACGACCCAAUGAAACAUUUGAGAUGCGAUGGGACUGAUAGCAGAAUGCUGCAUGAGACUCUAGAGAACAUGCAGGCUGUGAACAGAAUGUAUGAACUCGACGGAGAGUUACUCGAGGAGAAGAUUAGAGCAAAAAAGAGGGAACAAAAGUAGAGAGAGAGAGAGAGAGAGCAUUUGUUGCAUCCAUUUUUAAGGUACGUAGAGGUCAAACGAGCACGCCUUUGUAAUAAACGAACUUGAGUAGAGAGUGAAGAUGUUUUGACAUAGAGACAGACGCAUACUCUCUUUUCUCAACACCAACCAAAGUCUUGUUUGACCGAUUUGAAUAGAGCAGCUAUUACUGGUUCUA